AAAAGAACUCGACUCCAGGAACGUGCAUGUGCUUCUUUUUCACCGUUUAUUGCUGUUUUGUGCCAGGAUAAAUGGCGCCGAUCUUAUGCCUCAAGAUGAUCCUCGUAUUUGGAUUGAUUUUUCUUUAUUUUCCACUGUUUUUGGACUCGCUGGCACCCGAUGAAGACCCAUAUAAAAUUCUGGGUGUAUCUCGCUCAGCAAGCUCCAGUGAAAUCAAAAGAGCUUACAAGAAAAUGGCAAGAAACUGGUAAAUUCUUCACAAAAACUUCUUUGCUUGACUUAUUAUUCAUACUGCUGUCCAAACAGGGAAAUAUUUUAAUGUGUAUAUUAAACUCAUACUGAGAAGCACGGAGAACAGCACUCUCUAAAAGAACCGCUUUGCAAAAGAAAUAUAUAUUUUAUAUAUUUUGUCUAUUCACGCGCUGUUCGUGUUCAGUAAGCUAGAGUUUGUUUGUUAAAGAUAGGUUCCCUUUAAUCAACAAGCUAGGUUAGGAGAUUUUGGAUGAAUUCCUAUGGAAAACGCACAAAUUUAGUUUGGGAUGAGGAGUGACUAUUACAGUAUAAUUAGGAUACGGGCAACUCAUUUAAGUGACCAAUUUUUGUCUUCUCAUUAGGCACCCAGACAAGAAUAAUGAUCCAGAAGCACAGGAAAUGUUUAUUAAAAUAAAUGAAGCUCAUGAGGUGAGAUGCUGUAGACAAAACUGUCGUAAAGCUGUGUAGAAGUGCACACACACGUGCAAGUUACAGAUUAAAUGAAGAUGAAAUUGAUAUUCAUUACUGUGCUUUUCAUAAAAAUUCGACCUCUAAAGUUCAAAAACCACCUUCGCAAUUGCGUUUUUCACUGCCGUCAAUCAUAAUUAUGACCACAAGAUCAAAAAUCCACCAAUCACAAAUCACAAAUCUUGACCUUUUGAACCCAUUAAAGUAGAGUCUUGUUUCCUAAGAGGUCCAUUAAGAUGAUUGACGGCAGCAAAAAAUGCAAUCAUCAGUUGGCUUUUGAACUUCAGAAUUUGCAUGUUUGUAAAAAGCGUAGUAAGUGGCCUUAAUUUCACCAUAAUGUGUUAUCAGAGUGAAAGGGUUAAACGCUUUUCUCUUCAGAUUUUGUCAGAUGACGAGAAGAAAAGACAUUUUGACAUGUUUGGAACCACAGGCCGACCAGGCAAUGGUGGACAACAAGGCAGCCCAUUUUAUGACCCACACAGUGGCUUCAGCUUCUUUUUCAAUGGAAUGCCUUUCCAAAACGCUUGGUCAAGACCAGGACAAAUCAACUAUAGAUCAUAUCACAAGUCUGUGUUACCAGAAAGCUAUGAGAAGCCAUACCUGAUAGAAAUCAUUGGAGAUUGGUGUUUUGCAUGUGAGUAAAUUAUGUGAUUCUAGCUAGAAAAUUUCUAUUUGCUGCCCUCAUGGUUGUCAUGGUUAUAAAAUGUACUUCCUGCACUUGCUUGUGUACUAAAUUAUGAGGUAAAGAAAGUAUCUAUUACGAAACUUUGUCUCAAUAACCGACAUCUGAUAUAUUAAAAUUAUUCUAACAUGACUCCGAGACUUGCCAAUUUUUAUCGACUCCAUGGUCUCCCAAUUUCCAGAAGAGACUUCAAAACAAAGAAAACCCAUCCAAAUGUACAAAACUGACCAGAAAGCCAUGCAGUCAUGUUAGAAUUUUGAUAUUUUGAAUGUGGGUUAUUUUGGUCUUUUGUUCAUGAACAGGUGCCGAGAUUGAAGAGACUUGGCAAGAAGCUUCAAGAAGCAUGGAAAAAGCAGGGGUGGGGAUUGGCAUCAUCAAUGUCAAUAGAAGUCCUCGUCUGGCUGAUAGUCUGAGUGUUGGACGUGUUCCAAGCAUCAUUGGUGUUUUAAAUGGAUAUGUUACAUUCUAUAGUGGCACAGUUACUGUUCGAGGAUUAAAAGAUUUUGUCAGUGGGUUAUUUCCUAGUGAUUUAAUUCAAAUGGUAAGUUUUUGAGGGGCAAAAGUCAUUGUCAAUAUCAAAUUUUUUAAAUGACAGCAUGUGCAAAAGAAAAGAACAAACACCUCUGAAUCACAGUCAACAAUUACCAACACCAUACAAAUGACUUAUUGAUGGACUCAAGCAAAACUGACAGACUGACUGGGCCACCAACAAUUUGACUAACUGUGGAUGACUGCUCAACUGUGACAAAAAGACUGAUCGAAACACAUGAAUGACAUUUAACCCAUUCGCCCCUGAACCACCCGUAACCACCCGUGCGGAUCCAGGUCCUUUCUACCCUUUGUGACGUCAUCAGUUUUAACGGUCAAGGACAACUUUCUUCGCUAACUUGUGCAGAGUGAAGAGAUCUUUCAAACCAUACCAGAAUGAGCUCAAUUCAGUCAAGGACACCGGAGAAAGAAGCAAAAAACCACGUGACAAGGACCUGAAAAUCUCCAUGAAAAUCUUGUUCCAUUACCCACCUACCUUUCCUUUCACCUAAUCCCAAGAUCCUAAAAGCUUUCCUAAAAAACUCUUCCCACCAAAAUUACUAAAUGCCCAGCAAGAGAAAAAAAAAUGAGGCAAGAAAAGCUGAAAAAAGAAGGGAGGAGAGAAAGCGAAAAGUAAAAGUCAAGACUGCUGUGUCACUUUUAAACCCAAAAACUAUCUCGAAUUUUGCUUUCUGUGCAUGCCCGAACUGAGGAUAUUUUGCAUCUGGAUCAGAAGGGCACACAGGUUUGUCUCUUUAAACGACAGUGACCAGAAAACCAUUCGACUAGCUUCAAAACGCGUUUUUCAGCAAAAUCUCCAGGAGCGAAUGGGUUAAGAGUCUUCAUAGCCAACAAUAUCAUGGCUUCACUGAAAGGUGACUAAUAACGUCACGACUUAAUUGACCAAUAAGGUCAAUAACCACAGUUUAAUGCCAUCAACUGACCUGAUACAAGUCAUUUUGACUCUGAAGAUGACUACCACACAGGUUGUCAAAAUGUCAGUCACUGUGAACAACAUUACUGUCCUAUUCAGGGCUGCGUUUACUCAGAUGAUCAUGAUCCAUCUACUUAAGGAUAUAAGAAAUUAGUAAAAUCCAACUAGUGGUCUAUUAUCAAUGCUGUGUUCUGAUUGGUUGAGCUACUACUUGGCUAUACGUUAUAGCCUACUAGUAGUGAAAAGCCUUCGGCCUCAUGGGCUAUUGACUCAGAGCCCAUUCGGGCUUGAGGAAUAAUUGCUCAAGAGAUUAUUGAUUUUAACUUACAUUUGAUUCUUUUUACCUUAAGGUAACAGAGAAGAAUUUGGAUUCUUUCCUGGAUACAAGUGCACGCAACAAACCCAGUGUGAUUCUCUUCUCACCAAAAUCCUUCCCCACACUUCUUUAUCAUCUUGUGGCUUUCAACAGUUACAAAUGGCAGUCAUUUGGUUUUGUGUCUUUGACGCACAGUUCUACUGAGCCUCUAAGGAAACGAUUUCAUGCUGAUUUUAAAGAGCCAUCAGUCAUGAUUUUUAAGGAUGAUGUAGCAGCUCCUGAAGUUGUUGUCAGGGUAACUGAAAAUAUUGCUUAUUUUUUUAUGCCUUCAACUCUCAGCUAGGCUUGCCCCAAAUAUUCUGUCAUUGUUGUGUUUUGUAGCGUAUUUGGUAAAUUUAUACAAAAUGAUCUUUCCUGUUAUGUCAAUGUUCCUUUAAAAGUUCACUCUAACAUUUAACUCUGGGAUAGACUGUCAUAUAAAGCCCUAGGGGACUUCCAAGAAAAGUACCCUAGACACUAGCCUGUGAAACAAUCCAACAUUUCACCACGCCACCACUGGUUUUCACACCAAAUGACGUCUAAGAAAUGAGUGCAGAAAUUCCAUACUGAUGAGACAUCACUACCCAGAUCUGGGUAGUGCUUCUGAUUGGUUGUACUGCACAGGUAAUUUGUGUCAGCCAAUCAGAAGCAUGACCCAGAUCUGGGAAGUGACGCAUUAUUAGUAUGGUAUUUCUGCGCUUGUUUCUCAGACGUCAUUUCACAGGGAAACCAUUGGAGACGUCACAAAAUGUUGGCUGUUUUCUCAGGCUACUUAGACACCAUUAUCUGGUAAAUGUGUGUACAUGAAUUCCGGUUUUAGUCUCCACUUCCUGUUGCAGACUUCAGAACUGAAAGGUGGCAAACUACGUGAAGUUGUUGCAAAUCACAAGCACCUGCAUCUUCCAAGGCUGUCAUCACGGAGCUUGUUUGAUGAGCUGUGCCCAGAGGAGAGGUUUAGAUCUCAGCGAAGGUUGGUAAUUUAUUCUCAGCUCAUCAAACGGAUUUUGAAGCCUUGAAGUAAGCGUUGUAGCUCCACAAAGAAAUUGCUCCUCACCAUCUCAAAUUCGGUAACUGAUCUUAAGAAACUUUUUUCCCACUGUUCCCAUGGAGUUUAGCAUAUUGCUUCUUGUCAACUGUGAAAGGGUCCCAUCCAUUCAAGGUGGAAUCAUUCAUUCUUGGUGUGAACUGACUCAACACUCAAGUAACAGACAUGCAGUGGAUCAGUUCAGAUCAGUUGGGGAGCAGGGGUGGCGCAGUGGUGAGAGCUCUUGCCUCCCACCAAUGUGGUCUGGGUUCAAAUCCCGGCAUCGACGCCAUAUGUGGGUUGAGUUUGUUGUUGGUUCUCUCCCUUGUUCCAAGAGGUUUUUCUCCAGGUACUCCGGUUUUCUCCUCUCCUUCAAAUUCCAAUUUGACCAGGAAUCAGGUAGAUGAAGAACUACUUUGUGGAUGUGCUACCUCCAAAUCAUUAUUUAUUUAUUUCUUUAUUUAUUCAUUCAUUCUAAACUGUUUAUCUUUUGUUUUAGGUUAUGUGUUGUUUUGUUUACUAAGCAAGGCCACCAGGCAAAGGAGAAGCUUGUACUCAGAUUAUUAGCAAAAGACAAAAUGUUCCAACGUGACCAUCGAGUGCAAUUUUUGUAUCUUUACGAAGAUGUACAAAAGGAAGUCAUUCAAGAACUGAACGAAGGACUAAAGGAUGACAGAUGCACUGAUAAUUCCACUGCACCGAAGGUAAAUGUUUUGUUUUCUUUCAGCUACGCAGGCUGAUCCUGAAUAACUUUCACUAACCAUGACUAACGAGCUUUUAAUGUUUCCAUAGGUGGUGAUUAUCUGGAACAAAGGCAACAAACAGAUCAGAUAUGACUGGUUACCCAGAGGAUGGUGUGUUUCUGGAGAAGAAGAGUCCAUGACAAAAGCGCGACUGAAUAUGGUGCUGGAUGAUUUGCUCUCAGGGGAGGGGAAGCUGCGCUAUACGUCAAGAAUACCAUUGAUCUUCAAUGAGCACGCUCCGGUGAGAAAAGAUAUCAUCACAUGAUAGUGAACAAUGCUGAAAAUGCUGUACGCUUUUUAGGGUCAGGAAGGGUAUUUUCGAGAUGCGGGAUUCGGGAAAACAUUGACGGGAUGCGGGAUUUGACCAAAAGUCAGUGCGGGAUUCGGGAAAACGUUGACGGAAUCCGGGAUUUGACCAAAAGACAGUGCGGGAUUCGGGAAAACGUUGACGGAUGCGGGAUUUGACUGCUAGCCGGGAAGCGGAAUUUGCCAAAAGGCACGGAUGCGGAUUGAGAAAGAGAAUUAUGUUUGGGAUAGCGAUGACAGAAGUUCGAAAUGCGGGAUUUUCGUGAAAAAGAAGCCGUAAUGCGGGAUCAGGAAUCCCCGUUUCCAAUUUCUAGCCUAAGUGGCAAGCGAGGGAUGAAAACAUACCGUCACGCUUUGUUUGUGGUACAGUAGAGUUCUACUCUUUUGUUUAGUUGCUCGCAAGAAGGAUUUGAUUGCAUCAAUGGAAGUCGGAAUGAAAUCGGACGGUGACCGUACUUCCUCUCUACCGGCAGUCCCCACGCUACUCUCACUGGAGGAAAACCGGCUAUCCUUAUAGAAAGGAUAUCAUUUUAGCCCCCCACCCACCCACCCCACCCCGCCUAGCACAACUUUAAGUAAUAAACCAGGGGUGUUGUGUUCGGGGAGAGUUAUUGUAUAACCUUCAUCAACAACGUUUUGACAGAUUCCCGACAAUUUUGUUAUUUCGUCAUUACAGAAAAUUUCUAGUGAAUGUUCGUGACCAAUUACCUUUCGUAAUUUAGCUUGAGUUCACUACUCAGUUUUCGCGAUAUUCUAAGUUUUUUUCUAGUCACUAAGUUUACACAAGACCUGUUUCUGGGUGUCGCUUCCAUUGGUACAGUCCAUACAGCGGCUUAGGGUGUCGGCGGCGCAGGUUACAUACUGGGGACUUUAAGAUCCAACGACGCGGACGGGAACGAGAACGUCAAAAAAGCAAUAAGUUUAAUAAGCAAAACAACAACUUUGCACGUGCAUCACACUUUUUGUACAUUUCUUUCCCGUUUUUUCACGACUACGACGUGAAAAUACCUAAAUUCGCGUUUUCUGGAGGACGUAAACAAGCAAAGACGAAAUCUAUUUCUCUUUCUGAAAUUGGAUAUGGUCGCUUGAAAUUCAGCUUCAGGAGGGUUAGCCUACAUUUGACAAAGUAAGUGGGUAGGAAUCAGGGCUCGAAGUUAACUUUUUAGUGCACUUGCAAAGUUUUGCUAGAAAGAUUUUUUUCCACUAGCAAACUGGUGAGACCACUAGCAAAUUCUUUCGCUUUGUUUGGGAGACAUGGAUGAUUCCAACUCGCAAACGUUUGCUAGUUGAUGUUUUUCUCACUCGCAGAUUAUCAAAAUCACUCGCAUUUUGCGAGUUUGCGAGCGUUAAUUUCUAGCCCUGGGAAUAAUCGCUAUCAAGACUGAAAGAACGCAAAUUCACUUUUUAAGCGACUUUCUCGGUGCCGUCGCGUCGUUGGAUCUUCAAGUCCGUACUAUACAGUCGAACCCAAACUAACGGCCACUUCUUCACAACGGUCGCCUAUCUACAACAGCGACUUUCUUCUGUCCGCAAGGUGGCCGUUGUAGAGAGGUUCAGCUGUGUAUCCAUUUUGACAUUUUAGAAACUAUCUGAUGUUUAGAUGAAACGUAUAGAUUUACUGUAUUUCCAUUCACAGGGUCUCAUAUCUCAUAUCUUCACUUGGUGCAGUGAUGUAAUUUACUACAUAAAAUCUUCCAUGUAUCGGUGAGUUAAUUUGCUGCGUUAUCUCACUUUCUUUUACGAAUGUUACGGAAAAAAAACGUCUCUUUUUGUUUCUAUUUGUAGUAAAGAAGCUAUUUCCUUGUUUUCCUUGCUAUGCGGCAUUGGAGUUAUUAUUUUCUUCAGCAUCUUAUUACCCGAUGCAAGGUAAGCAACAUGUUUUAAAUUUCUUGCGUAACGUCUUUUAUUCCCUACAAUUUAUCAGUGUUGCCCACUAAAUGGUUGACUACCAUUUACAUGAUCAAGUCGGUCGGCUAUCGCUUUGGGCAAAUGGUAAGAAAAAUUCAAGACUGGUAAAUUUCAUUCCGGAAUCGCGUAUGCCACUUUCAAAAAUCAGUUCCUUUUAUCUCUUAAGACGGCCACGAAAGCCUGAAACACCAACAAUGGGUUUUAAUAAAUGGAACACUAAUUUCUGUUAAGACAUUCCGUCCGGAAAAACAAGACUACCUUUUCAGAUUAUUCGUUGCCCCCGGAAAUUUUCCACUGGAACGACUCGAAAAGCCGUGUUCCAUUUACUUUUCACCGAAAUUUCUGGAAACUUUUUGUAAUUGGUAAACGUCCCUUGGGCGCGUUCCAUUCAACCAAAACGUCCAGUGUGAAUUUUCGGCAACUUCCAGUAGCGAGUGGAACAGCAUCUUCCAAAUAUUCCAAAACAAAGGACAAGCUUGCGACAAAUACCCAAAUUUUUGGAAAAUUUUUCCCGGAAAUUUUCUUUCCAUUCAACUUUCCUCCCGGAAUUUUCGGUUGAAUUGUUUGCAUUUCGAAAAUUCACCAGUUUCCGGAAUUUCUGGAAACUUUUCCGAGAAAUUUCUGUACCAUUUGCCGCUGUUUCCAAAUUUUCGAAAGUUUUGGUUAAAUGGAAAGCGCUCCAUGUUACCUACACUCAUCCUUGACUUGCUAAAGUUGAGUAGCAUCUACACAUCAAAUUACCUCUGACCAAUCGCGAAACGUGCAGAAAUUCAAAUGUACCCAUCAGAUAUCAAAUCAAACACACUUGUCUGGUCCAAGCACCGAAAAGCGCGUGUGACCAACUCACGACUGGCCGUGAUUGGUUUUGGUGUCAGUGGUUUUGGCUGUGAAAUUGGCGCGAAAUUUUUCAUCCAAUGAAUUAGCAGAGCAAACCAAAGCAUUCGAAGCAGUCCCCAACCGUUUUGUCGCCUGUGUGGAGAGACACAAAUAUCUCUAACUUCCAGCUUCAGACAUGUAACAAAGUUGUAAUAUUGCCAAAAUUUUAUGGGCAAGUGCAUUGGGCUUAAUGUUAUUUAAGCUGUGCUAAGUUCUAAGCUCCUAAGAUUGUAGUUAAAAUAAUCAUCUUCUAAUUGAUUACCUUUUAAUUUUUCGGUAGCGAAUCAUUAGAUAGAGUGCAUAAAUCUUCGAAAAGGAACUCAGGGACACCAGAGAGCGACACGAUUUUGGGACUUACUCGUUUGGACCCUUCCAAUGAAAGAACCUUGGUGUCGAAAGCGCCCCCAGGUCACGUGACCUUCACCCUGUUAGUCGAUGCUUUGAACGUGCAUGAGGCAGUGAAAUCGCCUCUUAUACAAGCUUUUAAAGAUGUGGUCCAUCCGUACAAACGGUGAGCUCCUUCUUCUUCCUAUACAAGCUAGAACCAUAUUGUACAGCAUAAUAAAACAGCACCACAGGAAAGUACUGUUCAGUAGCUUUCAGUUAAAUGGUCCGCACACUUUGGGAUUUUAUCCACAGACGAACUCAAAAGUUAGAACCACCUUGUACUGCAUAAUAAACAGUACACUGGAAAGUACUGCUUAGUAGUUUUAUCUUGUUCUGCUAAGUGGCUUACAUUUCAUUUCACCCAGUAUUAAAGAUUAUCCAUUUUUAACAACGCUCCUGACUGAUGUUUCAGCCAUUAAUAAGGACUUGUCCACGUAGAACAAGUAAAAAAUGUAGGCAACGGUUAACCAGCUUUUAUUUUUCUUCUUUAAAAUAUUUAGCAACCCAAACUUUACGUUCUCUUGGCUGACGAUUCCUGACAACCUGGCCUGGUGCGCUGAAGUUAUGGAUGUAGACAAGUUUGGCGAAGUUACUCCCGGGAUUGUGUUGGCUUUGAACGGUCAUAGAAAGUAUUUAUCGAUCUUCAAACCCAGUGAUCUCACAAAGACAGCGUUCUUCAAAAGUCAAGGAGGAGAUUUGAUGGGUUUUGAUGAUAGCGAUAGUGAUGCAGACGUUAACGAAGAUGCACAAACAGAAUACGAGAGAAAGAGGCAGAAGGUUUUGAGUUUAUCGCUACGGAAACAGCUAAGUGGAUGGCUGGAAAAAUGGUGCGAUGGUCUUGUAGAAAGAAUAAGACUCGGCGAAUGGCCGAAAUUUACAGACUAGUUUUUGAAGGAAAUAAUGAUUUUAAGCGAAUUUUGAUACGGAGAAGAAUUGUUUUUAUCUCACACUCGGAUUAUAACAACCAUCUCCUUUAUCGCGGAAGUUUUUAUUUGCUAAGUAUGAGAGGACGCAUUUGAAUCCAAAAAAGCAUGAAAUCUUCCGCAUUUUCUGGGAUAUCUCCUUGGUAAUUCUUUGGCCAAUGUCGCAAAUUUUACAGACACCUAAACUUAACGUAAAAACGUAACGUAAAAAUGUUGUAGCAUCUCAAAGUUUCAAUUUCGAUAGUAUUUCCGAAAAAAGAACCCCUACGUAAAUCUUGGGAGCAGCGGUAACGCUAUCCAGCGAAAACAACUGUGGCGGCCGCUUGGGCGUUCACCGCGAGAACGCGCCAGUUGCCCCGGGUCGAUGAGAGCUCCUCGAUGACGAUCACGUGAGCUAUUUCCGAC